CACAUGGUCACUACUUCAGCUAGGUGUACGACUCUUGCACUCAAAGUCCAUCCCCUUCGCCUAGUUCAAUAUCAAAAUGAGCUAUCUUCCUACAUUACGCUGCUCAAUAAAGAGAGUUUCCGGGACUCUCGGAGUUUCCUCACGAUAUGCAAGUGCGAGACGGUAUACUAGUACGAUGCAUGACAAUGAUCCAGAGACGCUGGACAGAGAGAAACGAAGGAACUUGUCCGGUAUCCAGCAUAAAACCUCGACCCCAAUCGAUGACGCACCAGGGUGGAACGAAGACCUGGCAUCUACAUCUGAAGCACACGUGAAGGCUGAUCGUUCUACUGUCACGAUCCAUGAUCUUCAGCAAAAGACGGUUGAUUAUGUCAAUGCGAGGCACCAACCAGACGAGCCUGAGCAGAUUGAUCACAGAGAGGCAACCUACCUUAAAGACGAAGUGAUUGGCCCUCUCGGCAAUGCGAGAGUGGGUGAGUUCGAGGGCGUCGUCGGUGCCGGUGAUCUUGGCAUAGAUCAGGAAGGCACAGACACACAGUCCGGCGGGCGCACCGUCGAGCGGCACAUCGUCUAUGAGGAGAUAACGGAAGUUGUGAGAGAACCCUGUCCGACGGAGAGCGAGGCUGAUGUAAAGGCCGACCGCGGGGAAUAUUCUUGAAUGAAUCAUGCCUGUUGAUCCUGCGCGAUUGAUAUAAUUCUCAACUUCUCAACCUUAUUCCAUGUACUCCAUCACACCAUUUUCUCCAAAGUUUAUAUUAUAUCACCACAACUGCC